AUGAAUAUUCGAGGAUUUAAGUUUUUGGUUGAAGCUUCCAUCAUUAAUGUUUAGAUAGGCGUUCAAUUUAAUUGUAAAAUAUAGGUCAUUCUAAAAAGAGGUAUACCAUUUCAUACUUAUUAAUUCAAAAAGGAUCAUCGAAAUUGGAAACCCAACCUACCUAUGAAUUACGCAAAGGCCUUGCAAUAAUAAAUGAAUCCUUAAAUUUUAGCAUAUCAGUCAGUUUGGGAUUGGAUGGCAAAUUUGAAGAUAAAAAAACUCAAAUAAUUGUAAUUCUAGUCACUGAAAAAGGAUAAAAGAAUGCAGGGAUGCAUAACCUGAAUAUAUCGCAAUAUCUCAAUCAACAGCAAUUUGGUAUGAGAAUGUUCUCUAAAAAUUACUAGAAUUUUAAGAAGCUUUGCCAUUAGAAAAAUGUCCAGAUAAAAAUGCAAAAGUUUUAGUCGACUUUAAAAUUAAACAAAUAGGAGAAAUAGAUUAAGAGUAAUACUAAAUUUCAUCUAGAUUGGAAACUACAGACCAGUCACUUGAUAUCUCAUAAGUUUCAAUAUAUACGCCCAACAAAAUACUCUAGGAAUCAAAGAAUGAAUACAGCGAUAAAGUACAAUAAAAUUAUCUUAGACAUAAAGAAGUAAGAUUAUGAACUAAAUCUCUAAAUUUAAAAGCUAAGAUAGAAAUUAAACG